AUGGCGAUACCUCUGCGCGUUUCGCGGCCCCCCCUUCCCUGCCACCGCUCGUCGCCCGAGCACUCCUCACCUCUCCAACCGCGCUCUCCGCGGCCUCCUCUGCGCCUAACCGCUGCGCUCACCACAGCGCCUGCUGCCCUCCGCACAGCGCUCCCCCCAGCCACAUCACCGGCCGCCCCGCCUCGCGCCGUCCGCCGACCCACGGCGUGCCGCUCUGCGGCGGAAGCGGCUGGGCUGGCGUCGUUUCCGUGGGAGAACGCGGUGCCGGGGGGAGGGGCGCGGGGCGGAGAGGAGGAGUGGGGGCGGGGGAACGCGGAGGCAGUGACGGGGGAUGUGGAGGCUGACGUGGUCAUUGUGGGUGCUGGCGUGGUGGGGCUCUGCCUCGCUGACGCACUGCUGAUGUCAUCACCCGACACCAGAGUUGCGGUGAUUGAUAGUGCUUGGCCCUGUGCCGGGGCCACAGGCGCAGGGCAGGGCUACAUCUGGAUGGCGCAUCGCUCCCCGGGCGGCGUGACAUGGCAGCUAGCGGAGCACAGCAAGCGGCGGUGGGAGGAGAUGGCGGGCGGGCUGGAGGCGGACCAGCGGCGCCUCACAGGCUGCACGCAGGGGCUGGGGCGCAUCAACACAGGCAGCAUGUUGGUGCCAUCACAGCCGUCCCACACAGCCCCCCUGGAGCAGCACCACCGGGCACUGCAGCAGGCGGGGCUGUCCGCGCACCUGCUGUCUCCCGCCGCCCUGAGGGACGUGGAGCCGGCGCUGCAGGUGCCGGCUGGGUGCUCGUCCGCGCUGCUGCUGCCCUCCGACUGGCAGCUCGAUGCCCGCCUCGCCAUGCACGCCCUGCUCGCUCGCUGUCGCCAGCAUGCCGCAUCGGGGCGCUACGUGGAGCUGUUUGAGGAGAGCGUCGCCUCCUUCCUCCGGGCGGCAGGAGGCGGCAGGGUGGUGGGAGUGGCGACAGGGCAGCGGAGGGUGGUGGCAGCACAGGCGGUGGUGGUGGCGACGGGCACGUGGUCGUCGGGCUUCAUUGCCCACGCCCUGCUCCACACCGCCCCUGCCUCCGCCACCACCGAGCAAGCCUCUCAGCCUGAGGAUAGUCCCAAGGAGGGCACUUCGGGUAGUUUGGGUAGCAGCGCAGCAAGCAGCACGGGUGGCGGCAGGGAGCAGGAUCCGGUGGUGCCUCAUGUGCGCCCUCGCAAGGGCUUCCUGUUGCAGCUCAAGGACGUGCCCCCCGUGCUCUCUCUGCGCCAUGCCCUCAUGGAGUUUGACUACACCGCCAACUAUGCCGCCCCCUCAGCUCCCACUGCCUCGCCUGCCACCCCACGGCCCUCUCCCAGCCCCACCACCACAGCCACCAUGCAGCCGCCCUCCUCGUCGCCGUCCCCGCCCGCUGCCAUCUCCAUGACUGCCACGUGCGACCACCUCGGCCACAUGCUCAUCGGUGCGCCAUUCUCUCCUCCCACUCCUCCAACCCCUGCCCUCUUGUUGCCCCGCUCACACACAUCACUUGCCCAUCCCCCUCCCACCUUACACAUGCCAGCAACCUCUCUUCUGCAUUUCGCCUCAUACUUGUUCCAUGGCUGCUGCCCUCCAUGCACACUACCCCCACCAGGCAGCAGCAGGGAGCUGGCGGGCUUCAGUGUGGAGCCCCAUGCGCCCACCAUCGCUGCCAUUCUGCGCCGCACGGCCGUCUUCCUGCCCUCCCUUGCACAUCUGCUGCAGCAAGCGGAGGACGAGGCAAUAGCUGCUCGGGUGAAUGUUGUUCGCACGGGGCUGCGCCCAUAUGCACCGGAUGGGAGGCCUCUGAUUGGCCCCGUGGACUCGCUUCCAGGUGUUCUCUUUGCAUUGGGCCAUGAGGGCUCGGGCCUGUUGAUGGCCCCAGGCACAGCUGACAUGAUAAUGGCAUAUCUGGGGCGAGGCACCAUGCCUGUGGACGCCCAUCCCUUCCUCCCUCAGGGGCGUCUCCUCACACUGCAGCAGUUGCAGCACAUGCAUCCUUGA